AAACAUUUUUGUAUUCCGAAUAUUGGUCUCAUAUACAUUCUCGUUCGUGACCUUACAACCCGAUAAAUCUUCCCUGCUUUCUGUGUUCAGAAUACCAAUGUUCACGGCUAUCAGAAAUCAAUUUGUCUUCGUGACUUCGAAGUUUAACCAUUUCUACUUCAUUCCUUUGUUUGGUUUAAUUUGCUGGUACAUAUGGUGUUUUACCUUGAUAGGUAUGUACGUGGGAGAAGGUUCUAAGGUGUAUCCUCAAUUCGAUGAGAAUGCCUCUCCUUUACCACUCCAAAGAAUUGGGGUUAUCUUGUGUCCCGGAUUCUUUUUGACAUUUGUGGUGAUACAUUCAAUUGUGUUCUGUUGCUCGAUCUAUUUAGAGUUUUACCACAGAAAAAUCGGAAAAUUGAUAAAGUUUAUCAAGCCUGAUUUGCAGAAAAGAUUAGGUUUAGCUUCCAUCGUUGUGGGGAUCAUGGCACAGAUUUUUUUUAUUGCACAGUCGGUGUGUGGGUACGUGUUUGUGACCCAAGGCAAACGUAUGCUCAACCACUACGCCGAGUUGCUAGCCACUUUUGCCAUCUUGGUGAUGAUCUCGUUGGCGUUGAAUUUCACCAAUUACUAUAUUAUGGGCCAGUAUUAUAGGAAGUAUGUCAACGGUGAAAGAUGGAACAAAUUUACCAUAUCCUUCAUUGUUAAGAUUAUUUGGUUGGUGGUGACAAUCAUGUUGGCAGCAAUUUGCUGUGGGUUCUACGUCAGAGGCAGAAAGGACAUUGCCGAUGUGUUUGAAUGGGCAUUCCAUCUUUGGUAUGGCUUUUUGAUGGCUUUCUGGACUUAUGAUUUGUACCCAUUGACAGAGUUGAAAUCAUUGAAGAGAGGGGCAGAAAAGGUUCCUAAGAGAAGGUUCUCCUUCUGGAACAAGGAAAAGGUGGACAUUGUCACCCAUGUAACCAAUGCUGAUUCCAACUUGACUCCUUCCACAUCUCAAUCCAUGAGAGACUUCGACUCUCCUGGUUUCAACUACACUAAUUACAAUCCCUCCAGUCCUGUUUGACUUUCGAGCACUUCUGAUAACUAACUCUAUACUUUCCUUACGAAUCAUGAAAUGUACUAUAUAUGGCGGUGUUUAGUGUACGAUAUAUAUGCUUAAUUGACAUUUUGCUUUUUUGCAACCAAAUCUAAAUAACACUACAAAAGUUGGGGACAGGUGGUUUCACCGAAACUCAUCGCCUCUAGAGAUUUGGAGAAGGAAUUUUCUAACGUUGAUCUUAGAAAAUUAGUUUCAACUCGCUAUGCAACUAGUCUAUUGUUUCAGCCGUUCACCUCACAACUGAGAGCUUUGCCGUACUACUGUGGACGAGAAACAUAUUGUUUAUGGCUCGAACAGUCAUCGCUGUAAGCUUCAGUUCUCCUUAUACCCAUUCAGUACUAUAUAACUUUCGAAAUCUAUUGCAAAUUUCAGCAGUAUUCAUCGGC